AUGCGUCCUAUCCGAAGUCUGGUGUCUCUUUGUGGUCUCGCAUUGACCGCCAAUGCUCAGCGUUUCGUACGAUUCGUCGGGACGGACGGACAAGUUCAUUUCGGUGAUGCUAUUCUGCCCGAUAACUCCACCGACGCUCGCUUCAGCACUUCAGCUCGACUUAUCGACGGAGAUAUCUUGGGAACUUUCAACAUCACUGACCAAGUCGUGCCCAUUGUGUCAUUACUAUCGCCUUUGCCAAACGAUAGAGUCCGCAGUGUGAGAUGUGUCGGGUUCAACUACGUGGCUCAUGCGGCUGAGGCCAAUGUCACAAUCCCCCAAUUUCCCAUCCUUUUCUACAAGCCAUUCACAGCCCUCAAUACCCCGACUGGACCUAUCCCGGUGACGGCAGGCUACCAGAACCAGACUAACUUCACCAGUUCGAUGGACUAUGAGAGCGAGCUUGUAGUCGUCAUGAAAUCUGCCGCCUUCAAUAUAACGGAAGAUGAAGCUCUCGACCACGUCCUCGGCUAUGCAGCGGGUCACGACGUCUCUCACCGUGGCUGGCAAAUUGAUCGUGGCGGGCAACCUCAGCCUCAAUACUCUAUGGGGAAGGAUGCUGACGGCUGGGGCCCGUGGGGUCCCGCGAUUGUUUCAACCAGCAUAAUCCCUGACCCCCAGCAGUUGGUCGUCCAUACGAAGGUAAAUGGGGUGAUGAAGCAGAAUACCAGCACGUCAGAUAUGAUCUUCGGAGUCAAGCAGCUGGUAUCCUUUUUCUCGAUGGGCAUCACGUUGCAGCCAGGAGACAUCAUCUUUACCGGAACCCCUGAGGGUGUUCAGUUGGGUCAACCAAAUCCAGUAUGGCUUACAGACGGAGAUGUUGUGGAAGUUGGGACCAGUAACAUUGGAACUCUGGAGAAUGUCAUCACGUAUAUGUAA